CCCCCACUCCCCAUUAAGGAUUGGCACCUUUGGGGAGCGGGCGGGAGCGGGUACCUGAAUUUGACAGGUACCCGCUCCCACUUCUGCUGCGAUCACCUACGCGAUCGGAAGCGGAAGCUGUCCUCCCCCCUCCCUCCCCAUAGUCUUCUGGGACACAUGACAGGUCCCAGAAGACUACAGGACCAUUCAUGAAGCGCAGCGCUACUCGCAGAUGCUCAGUGGGUACCCGGCUGUGAAAUCGCAAGCUAUCACAGCCGGGUGCCCACACUGAAGAUGCCGGCCUCCUGGAAUACAGGACGGCCGGUGAAACGAGA